AUGACGCUUCAUGCAAGUCAGGAUGCAGAGCUAGCUGCAGAGCUACAUGGAAAGACUCUCACGAUUCCAAACUUAUGGCCAAUUUUCCAACACUGGCCACGUGCAGUCAAUGAGAACCUGCACAGGCUCCGUCAAAAUACGAAUAAGAUCCUUGAAAGAACUAUUCAAGACUCGAAGCUUUCUAAACUCGAAGCUCUCAAAUCUUGUGAUUUCGCCCUGCUGACAUCUUGUUUAUUCCCUCAGGCAAGGUGGGAAGAAUUGGAAAUUUCUGGUAUCUUCAUGCUGUGGAUAUUUUUGUGGGAUGACGAAAUCGACGAGGGCUCUUCUGAAGUCGCUCAGAAUAAAGUGCAUGCAGAGGCAUAUGUUCAAGAGUCAAUGGAAUAUGCCCGGCUCAAUCUCGGGCUCACUUACAUCAAUGGCUCGAAUGGCGAAUCGGAGCAUAAUGGCGACAUGGUUGAAUCAUCAAUUGACCUCAGCGCUUCGUGUUCGGUCACCACAAUGACCUAUUUUCGCGAUGCCUGUCCAGCGCUCAGAGGUUAUCUGGAUGAAGGUCUGAUCAUUCCCACUUUCUUCUACCUUGGAAAGAUGAAUUAA